CACUGCGCAGCCGUAGGGAAGACGGGACCAUCCACUGCGCAGCCGUAGGGAAGACGGGACCAUCCACUGCGCAGCCGUAGGGAAGACGGGACCAUCCACUGCGCAGCCGUAGGGAAGACGGGACAUCCACUGCGCAGCCGUAGGGAAAGACGGGACCAUCCACUGCGCAGCCGUAGGGAAAGACGGGACCAUCCACUGCGCAGCCGUAGAAGACAGGAGCAUCCACUGCGCAGCCGUAGGGAAGACGGGAUCAUCCACUGCGCAGCCGUAGGGAAGACGGGACCAUCCACUGCGCAGCCGUAGGGAAAGACGGGACCAUCCACUGCGCAGCCGUAGGGAAGACGGGAUCAUCCACUGCGCAGCCGUAGGGAAAGACGGGACCAUCCACUGCGCAGCCGUAGGGAAGACGGGAGCAUCCACUGCGCAGCUGUAGGGAAAGACGGGAGCAUCUACUGCGCAGCCGUAGGGAGGACGGGCGCAUCCCGAUUGGCUGGUUAGCUCCAAGGGAGUUGGGCAGUGUGCCCGGAAGAGGCGGCGCGACUCGGUGCAGGUCCAGUCGGAACCCGAAGUGGCCAUCUAUCUGUAGACGUGGACACUCUGACGCAUUAUCCGGUCUGAGCCCCGCCCUUUCUGCAAUCGGAAGUCCGGAAAAGGGCCGGAAGUCGGGGGGAAGAGCCGUGGGGUGACCACGUCGGGGUCAGAGCAAACGUGGGGGUCAGUGGAACGGAAGUAAUCGGAUCUUACGUAGCCGUAAAGUGCAGUCGGUCGAACCAUCUUCCGGUUAGCGACAACGGCCGGCUCGGAUGCCGGUGUUAUCCUUCCUGUAGACCGCAACGCGGACCUUCGGCGAUCCACGCUUCGCUUCAGCUCUACCCUGUCGGCGCCUCUUCACACCAAGAUCAUGUUCAAGAAAUUUGACGAGAAGGACUGUGUGUCCAACUGCAUCCAGCUGAAAACUUCCGUUAUUAAGGGUAUUAAGAGCCAACUGACUGAGCAGUUCCCAGGUAUCGAGCCGUGGCUUAAUCAAAUCAUGCCUAAGAAAGAUCCCGUCAAAAUAGUGCGAUGCCAUGAACACAUGGAAAUCCUUACAGUUAAUGGAGAAUUACUGUUUUUCAGGCAGAGAAAAGGACCCUUUUAUCCAACGCUAAGAUUACUUCACAAAUACCCAUUUAUCCUACCACACCAGCAGGUCGACAAAGGAGCCAUCAAAUUUGUGCUCAGUGGUGCAAAUAUCAUGUGUCCGGGUUUAACAUCUCCUGGAGCAAAGCUCUAUGCUGCUGCAGUAGAUACCAUCGUGGCGGUCAUGGCCGAAGGGAAGGAGCAUGCCCUGUGUGUCGGAGUCAUGAAAAUGGCUGCAGCAGACAUUGAGAAAGUCAACAAGGGCAUCGGCAUAGAGAACAUCCAUUAUCUAAAUGACGGGCUGUGGCACAUGAAGACAUAUAAGUGAGCCUUAGAUGCAAUGCACUUGAGCUAAAUAUAAAUAUUGUGUUGUAUCUGUGUGUGUGUCUGUAUGUGACAUCAUGAAGAAAAUGCCUCUGUGGUUGUGAUGAAUAAAUUCAACAGAUACCUUUAAAAAA